ACAAAUCACCUACCUUCCACUCUUUCUCUGAGCUGUGGCUGUGGCUCUGGUUGAGACUGUGCCUGCCAUGUGUUCGAAACUUUGCUCUCAAAUCUAACACACUUUUUCAUCAUAUAAAUCAGAGCCUUUAAGCAACACCAAGUUUCCCAAACUCAAAAGUAAGUUCACUUUUCCCCUUUGUUCGUCAAAACAUGCUACCAACCUCCUCACUCAAGUAUGUUCUUCUCCUCUUUUAUUGUACUUUUUCCUUUAACUUGUUAACCACUCCUGGCUGUGCCCUCAACAUAGGAGCUGAAACCACUGGAGUAGCUGUCUCUGUGAGCAAAGAGUGCAGUAAACAAUGUGAGUCAAGUUUCUGCUCAGUGCCUCCAUUAUUGAGAUAUGGCAAAUACUGUGGACUUUUGUAUAGUGGAUGCCCUGGUGAAAAACCUUGUGAUGGCCUUGAUGCUUGUUGUAUGAAGCAUGAUCAAUGUGUGCAAGCCAAAAACAAUGACUACCUAAGCCAAGAAUGUAGCCAAGCAUUGAUAAACUGUAUGAAUAACUUCAAGAACUCGAGGGCUCCUACGUUCAAAGGAAACACGUGCAAUGUGAAUGAUGUUAUUGAAGUAAUACAUGUUGUGAUGGAAGCCGCUUUACUGGCUGGAGGGAUUCUCCACAAGCCCUAGAGAGUAAUGUUGUUUAUCUGUCUGUCUGUGAUAUCAAGUCUCAGCUAAGAAUAGAUAUUCUCUCGUUCUUCCUAUUGUUUUUAGUUGCUCUCUUACCAAAUUAAUCAAACUUCAAUGGUUUAUUUUAUUUGUUAACAACAAUGUACUCUUUUCGGACACCCUUAUUAUUAGGUAAGGUAUGUUUACUCAUUCUUGUGAUCCCCCACCUCUGACAAAUGUACACUGCAAACAGAUUUUUUGUUCUUUGGUUU